ACGAACAUGGCUACAACCGUUUCCUUCCUUCAUCUCCACUCCAACCUUCCCGUCUUUGGUACACCAAAUCCGCCUCUGCUGAAUCCCAGAUCAAGAAAUGGCAUCACGAGUCAAACCCUCCUCAGGUCUACUAGUGGGGUUUCAUCUUAUAAUAAUCGCCUCAGCAGUGCUCGGGUCAGGGCUACAAGAACCGUCGUCAAUUGCACCAGGGCAAAGUCCGAAAUGGACUCCUCUGUCGACUGCAUUGGCACUGGUCUCGACGUUGAGUGCGUCGUCAAUUCGCCGGGAGCCAACUCCGAGACUGAUCAGUUGUUGCAGGCUAACAGCUCAACGUUAGAAAUUGAGGACAAGAAUGCGGAAACGCUUGAUUUGGGUUUUGCUACUAAGGUCUUGGAUUGGGCUCUUCUAGUGUCGCCGUUCUUCUUCUGGGGGACGGCUAUGGUGGCAAUGAAGGAGGUAUUGCCCAAGGCUGGACCGUUCUUCGUGUCUGCUUUCCGGCUUAUUCCAGCUGGGAUGCUAUUGAUUGGGUUUGCAGGAUUGAGAGGGAGGAGACAACCUUCAGGCCUUGAAGCUUGGUUUUCAAUAACUCUGUUCGGUAUUGUUGAUGCUGCAUGUUUUCAGGGAUUCCUUGCUGAAGGUUUGCAGAAAACAUCGGCUGGUUUAGGUAGCGUAAUAAUCGAUUCACAACCGUUGACAGUUGCUAUACUUGCUUCCUUGUUAUUUGGUGAAUCCAUUGGGUUUAUUGGAGCUGCUGGACUUGUGCUUGGUGUCAUAGGACUUUUACUUCUUGAGGUACCUGCACUUAAUUUUGAAGGGAGUAGUUUUUCGCUAUGGGGGAGUGGGGAGUGGUGGAUGCUCCUUGCAGCUCAAAGCAUGGCAGUGGGUACUGUCAUGGUUCGCUGGGUUUCGAAGUACUCUGACCCUGUCAUGGCAACAGGCUGGCACAUGAUUAUUGGUGGGCUCCCUCUUGUGGCAAUCUCUGUGCUCAAUCAUGAUCCUGCAACCAGUGGAAGUUUUAAGGAACUAACAUCGAAUGAUCUCUUGGCACUUCUCUACACCUCCAUUUUUGGAAGUGCCAUCAGCUAUGGUGUCUUCUUCUACAAUGCAACAAGAGGCAGUUUGACUAAGCUUAGCUCUCUCACCUUCCUAACCCCAAUGUUUGCUUCAAUUUUCGGGUAUUUUUACCUUGGUGAGACAUUCUCGCCUUUGCAACUGAUUGGGGCAUUGGUGACUGUGGUUGCUAUAUACAUGGUUAAUUACCGGAACACCAUUGAAUAAGUAUGAAAUCAUAGACAAUGCAGCUAAGUCAUAUAUUGCAGCUAACUCAUAAGUGAAGAAGGAACAAAUGUUUCAAAGAUAUGGAUUCUUGCUUUGUUAGAAGCAAAAUUGUGGAGCUGGGUCUAAACUGUUCUUGUUAUUCCUCAAUCUCAAGGUAUUUUGCUUGGAGCUUCUACUACAUCUAGCAUAAUAUGUAUAGGGAAAAAAAAAAAAAAAGAGAUGGAACAGGGAAGACAAAUUUCCUUGCUCAUAUCGUAUUAUUUGAGAUAUGAGGUUGAACUGAAAAUGCUGCCAUCUCGGGUGAUUACAUGUGGUACCAUUUGUUGCUUCAUUGGAUAAGUUCCAUGAGUCAAUCAACUACACUGGUUGAAGAGAAUUGUGUUGGUGCAGGUUCUGAGAUAGUUGUGUAUUAUGAUAAUUGUUGCCAUCAUUGUUGUGACCAUCCUUAGAUCAUUAUAGUUGAAUGAGCAUUUGUUUAUAUAUCAUCAAUAUGAUCAUCAUUGAUGGUGGUAGGUCUUUAUUGUCAUUGUAUGUAUCCAACUAUUCCAUGUUGACUGCAAAAAGAUCUGGUUCUUUGUUGUCACUCUAUUGUCAUUAGAUCCUCUACUCUAUUGAUAUGCUACAGCUAUUUCAGUUGUCCAA